AAUUAAUGCAUAUCCAUCAUGGAUCUAGCCAACUUGGACAAAAUGAAGGUGGUCGAUUUGCGAAAUGAGUUGCAAUCGCGUGGCCUCGAUUCCAAAGGAGUUAAGGCGGUGCUAGUGGAGCGAUUACGGGCCCACUUGGAAGGUGAUGUUCCUCCUUCUCCUGGCACACCCGGAAGACGUAGUCGACGUACAAGAUCAAUGACCAGGUCUCCAUCUCCUUCACCAGUUAAGAAGAAUGCAGAAGUACUUGAGACUUUAGAGGAAGAGGUUACAGCCGCUGAAGAAGCGGCAGAAGCCGCCAAAACGCCCGAAAAAGAAAUAAAUCAACAGGAAGAAACUACUCCGGAAAAUAAAAAUAUAGAGACCCAUGAAUCAGAUGAAUCAGAGAUAUUACGUGAAGAACCAGCAAACGAACCGGAAGAUAAACAAACAAAUGGCGCUGAAACCAAUAGGCCUAUAGAUGAAAUAGCAUCUGAGGAGAAAGAAAGUGAAAAAGCUGACGUCGAACACGAGGAGCUGAAAGACGAAAAUGAAGCCGCCUCUUCUAAAGAUAACGAUGAAAAGGUGGAAAAAGAAGAACAUGCACAUGCAAUACCGAAAGAUGAUGAAAAGCAUACGAGAGAACGUUCUCGUUCAAGAGACAGGAACUCCCGAUAUUCCCGUUCUCGUUCACGAUCCAAGAAUCGUUCAGCUACACGAUCUCGCUCGCCAAAGGCUCGCAGUGCUGGUGGACCCAAUAGCCCAAAAGCUGCGGAGGACACUUCAACCCCAGAAGAUGAGCCGACAAUUGAAGACAAGCAAUUCGGUUUAAGCUGGUAUGAUUCGGAUUUACAUCUUCGUAUUGAUCCUGUUACCUUUACAUCGGCUAAACCCAUAAAUCAUGAUAUAUACGCACUAGUAUGGUCGGGUGCACGAACCAAUUAUGGCGUACGUGAAGGUAAAGUCUGCUUUGAAGUUCGCUUGUCAGAAGAAUCGAACAUUGGGCGAGAUCACACAUUCCGGGAUGAACCACACAUCAAAGGUUUCCGUGUUGGUUUCUCAAUGCCGUCAUCAAGUCUGCUUUUGGGCGAAUCUGAAAACUCAUUUGCUUAUUGUGAAUCAGGUCGCAAGGCGACAAACGGAGAGUUUGUGGAUUUCGCCAAACCAUACCAACUAGAUGAUGUUAUUGGGUGCUAUUUGGAUUUAGAAAGUACACCAUGCACCAUAAAAUAUACAUUGAACGGCGAAGAUUUAGGGGUUGCUUUUGAAUUCGAUAAGAAUAUUCUGGGGGAUAACAAUGCAUUGUUUCCACACAUUUUAACCAAGGGUUAUGAGUACCAAGUUAAUUUUGCUGAUAACGACAAUCUUUUGGUGAAUGUAGAACGCAAAGUUCGGAAAAGACUUAAACCAAAGAAAAUCGAGGAAAAGAUAGUCGAAAGCAAGUCCGAUAGUCCAAGUAAAGACAAAAAACCUGAAAAUGCCGAUGAAGAGGAUUGGGAUAAUGAAAAGGCUAAUGUAAGUGAAGAAGAAAAACCAGAUUGUCAAAGUGAAGAUGCUAAAGUGGGAACAGAAAUUAGCGGAGAUACUAAAGAUGAGUCUGAAGAAACCCCAGAUGUGGAAAAUAAGGGUACAGAUAAAACUGGCGAUGAGGAAAACAAACCACAGGAAGAUAAAUCGGCGGAGAAUAAAGAAGUAGUUGAAGAGAAUGUAGAGAUGCAAACAAUCUCCAAAUCUGAAAGCAACGAAGAAAAGAAAGAGAAGAGUAAUACUGAAGAAGGAAAAGUCGAUGACAGUAACAAAGAAGAUGAUAGCGGACCAUCGCCUUCUAAACGCAAGAAGUUGGAUGCAACCGAAGAAGAUGAUGAAUAUGAAGAUAUUCACCCCAUACCUCGUGAAACCAUGGCGCUCAUCGAUGGUUAUGAGUUGAUUGCUCUAAUUCCAGAAGAGAAAUAUAUAGCCGGACCUCAGAGGCCGGAAAGCCGCAAGGAAUGCGAAGUCAUUCUAAUGGUUGGCUUGCCUGGCUCCGGUAAAACUACUUGGGUGUUGAAGCACAUUGAGGAAAAUCCAGAGAAACGUUAUUACGUUAUUGGGGCUGAUGCCCUAAUUUCCAAAAUGACAGUGGAUGGAGCGCCCCGUAAGUCUGUUCACAAAGGACGUUUCGACCGCAUAUACGAAUUAUGCUUCAACGUAUUGACGUCACUGGAGGAUAUUGCCGUCAAACGCCGUCGCAACUUCAUCCUUGAUCAGGGAAAUGCAUAUGCCUCUGUUCAGCGACGUAAAAUGAAAGGCUUUGGAGAUUUUAAACGUAAAGCUGUUGUUUGCAUACCCAGCGAAGAUGAGUUGAAACGUCGUCAGGAGGAAAAGAAGGAAAAAGGACAUACGUACACAUUGAGAGAAUCAACUUUACAUAGUUUCCAAGCUAAUUUUACAUUGCCCUCUUUGGAGUUUGGUUGGUUUGAUGACAUUAUAUUCACCGAUUUGAGCGGUGACGAGGCUAAGGAGGAAGUGAAGAAGUACAACGAAAAGGGCAAGAAAGCUUCCAACAGAGACAAACGCCAACGUCGCGACAAUUAUGGAAACGACAAUCGGCGCCGCUACGAUGACCGAAGGCGUUAUGAUAAUCGAAAUGACAAUCGAUGGAAUGACCGACGUACUGUUGGCGGAGGUGGAAGCGGCGGUUAUGGUAAUAGAGGAUACAACGGUGGUAACAGGGGAUUUGGAGGUGGCGGCAGCGGCGGUGGCUACCGAGACGAUCGUGGUUAUGGCGGCGGUGGAGGAAAUCGCGGUUAUGACCAACGUCGCUACAGUAGUGGCCCUCAAAACUGGGUGCAAAACAACCGAAAUCGCUACGAUGACCGCAAUACCAAUCGAUACAGCACCGGUGGCAACCGUUAUGAUUCGUAUGGUGGAGGUGCAGGAUCUCGUGAUUAUCGGAGUAGUGGCGACAAUAGGGACUACCGGGAUAGGAACAGAGGUGCUGGUGGUGGUAAUGGUGGCCGUCGUGAUAGUCAUCGCUCUGGAGGUAGUAGUACUAAUCAGCGGGAUUUUCGGCAUGGCCACCGCGGCGAAGAUAGUCGCGGUGGCCCAGGCUCAGGCAAAGCCGCACCAACUUCAUCUAAUUACAAGCCCAGUGCGGCUGGUGGAGGCAAUUCCUCGAGUUAUGAAAUGUACAAUAAAAAGAACACACAGGCUUCAGCAAAAUACAACCAACAACAGCACCAACCCCAGGUCCAGAACUGGCAACAGUAUAAUCAACAGCAACAACAACAAACCAGUGCGGUAGGACAACAACAAUAUUGGAAUUACGAUAUGCAAGGUUACGCAAAUAAUCAGCAGUGGCAAUCCAUGGAUCCUCAGCAACAACAGCAGUGGAUGUCCUGGUGGCAGCAACAAGGUGGUUCGGGGAACAACGCAGCCCCCGAUCCUAACCAGUACUGGUCUCAAUAUUGUUACACAACACCGGAAGCUGCAGCAAAUCCAACAAACAAAUAAAAUGGCGCAAAUAGCAGACUUCUUUGUUAGUUAUAACAACACAAGUACAAUAUUUCUAUCAAAAUAAAAUUUCCAAACCCUCAAGCACCAGAUUAAA